AUGGCCCUCCCCAAGCUAGCUUCGUCGCCCGUCUUCCACUCCCUCGUCGGCGCCCAUUCCUUUCUGCUGGGCCAGGCCGCCUGGCACCACCGACCCCAUCAAUUCCGUACCCUUUCCUCCCAAACACCUCGACUCCGCGAGCAAGACACGUCUCCCUCCUCCGACUCGGCCUCCGAUGCAUCCUCAUCCUCAGCAUCCCCCUCCUCAACAUCCUCCUCCUCAACMUCCUCCUCAACAUCCUCCUCAACAUCCUCCUCAACAUCCUCCUCAACAUCCUCCUCAACAUCCUCCUCGGCAUCCUCCACCCGCCAGCAAAAGUCGGAACAAUUGAAGCAAAAGGUGCAAAGGGAAGCUCUGGACCCCACCGCCAAAGACUCUCCCAACCAAUCCCUCCCUCCAGGAUGGGAGGAGAAUGCCGACUACAACAUCAACAAAUUCUCCGAUCUACCCCAUCAAUACUUUGGGCACAAUCAACACAUCAAAAUCAACGAGGAUUUCAAGGAGUCCCUCCGCUCUAUACUCUGGCAAUUUCGCGCUCCCAUCCGCUAUGCCUUUGCCUAUGGUUCCGGUGUCUUUGGACAGAAGUCCUCAUCCUCCUCUCCCUCCACCGAUCUCUCCCCACACCCCAAUCCUCCCAAAGCGGUCGAGGAAUGGCAAAAGGGAGGCGCCAAAGUUAUUGAUUUCAUCUUUGGAGUCAGCCAUACCCAGCACUGGCAUUCCUUGAACCUGUCUCAGAAUCCCCAUCAUUACUCCGGUUUGAAGUAUCUGCCCAAUUCCUCCGCCGCCGUCUCCUGGAUGCAGGAUGGAUGGGGCGCCGGUAUGUACUACAACCCCUUCAUCACUGUCAAUGGCGUCAUGAUCAAAUAUGGCGUCGUCCACCUCGACACCCUGGCGAGAGAUCUCUCCGACUGGGACACGCUCUAUCUGGCCGGCCGCCUCCAGAAACCCGUCAAGAUCCUGAGGGAUGACCCGAGGAUACGUCUCGCAAACCAAGUGAACCUCAUCUCGGCACUGAGGACCGCCUUGUUGAUGUUGCCGGAAAAGUUUAGCGAAAAGAUGCUGUACGAGAGGAUYGCCGGAUUAUCAUACCUGGGCGAUCCUCGAAUGCAUUCCAUGCUGGCGUCGGAAAGUCCAAACAAAGUGUCCAACAUUGUCGGCGCACAACUUCCCGGUUUCCGCCAAUUGUACGUUCCACUUAUCGACAAUCUACCAAACGUCGCCUUUACCGACCCCCGAACACCGCAUCUGGAAGGCUGGGAAAAGGAAGAUGCCAUCCGACAUACGGGAACCCUCUCACGUCUGGAGGCUGAUGUCCUCGGCGGGGAGGAUGGCUUGAUGAUGGAGCAAGACCUCGAUCCCGUUAUGAGAGGGAACAUGGUCCGACGCCUUCCCCGUGCGUUCCGCGAAAAGCUCUACUACGCCUACAAGAAGAAGUUUGGCAUUCCGGGGAGUGCUUUUGGAAACAUCCUCGAGGAUAUGCGGGAUGAGGAUCCCACGGGCUCCUUUAAACGACGCGAGGGAGGGGAGUUUGAGAGGCGAAUCGCCCAACAGGAUGAUUUGGGGGAAAUCAUGAGUAAUUGUGUGAGGAAUACCGUCUCCUGGCCGAGUACCAUGCAGACGGUUAAAGGCGUCUUCACCAGUGGAAUUGUCCGAUCGGUCAAAUAUGUGGCGGAGAAGAGGAGUAAGGGGAAGGCGAAGAAGAUGGAGGCCAAGUCGGAAGGCAAGGAUGAGGGCGGUGACAAAAAGGAGUAG